CCUCGAAAAAAAAAUUAAAACCCAUUCUGGCAAUCGCUCAGCGCCGCCUGGCACUACAUUCUCGCAUCGCCUCGACAGAAAGAUCUUACGGAGGCGCACGUAUUGGUGCGGUUCAGCGUCCGCCUCGGCCUCCAGCGAUUUUCACCAUUGAACCAAACAACACACUGGGAGAUUAAACUCGGGGAACCCUAAACCCUAACUCACGAAAUUGCGUCACUAAUGGCGGAGAGUUCUUCCGCUCCGCCCACUGCCGACAGGCCGGUGAUUGUUAGGGUUAAGCGAAAAGUUUCUCAGUCUGCGCUGGAUGCUUUUUGGCUGGAAAUCCAUGAGAGGCCAUUUAAGCGGCCGUUGAUCGAUUUCGGGAAGCUAUCAAUAGCUGAUGCUUCUUCGAGUCAAGUGGAGGCAUUGAAGACACAGAAAAUCCUGGUACGACAUGUGGAGACAGUUACUAGCUCCAAGGAUACAUUUGACAUCCUGCGAUCUUUCGUGCCUAAUUCAUCUGACGAGUUGAAAUCAGAAGAGAAAAUUGAAGAACGAAAGCGAACUUUGAAGACUGUUGAUAAACAAGGUCAGCUAUUGGACAAAGCAAGACAGAGACAAGAGGUUACAUCAAGAAAUGCUCGUUUUGAGCAAAUAUGGAGAAGCAGAAAGGUGAAGAAAGACGAUCCGGAGGAUGAAACUAUAUAUGAUAUGUGCCGACUCUAUGAUGUUGUUAGGGUUGAUGUUGAGGAGCACAUCGUUGAGGUGAAAAAUCAGAAGGAAGCAGAUAUGGAUGAUUACAAGAUAAUGGCUGAAUUCUUGCCUCUCCUGAGAGAAGUUUUGCCAACUGCUGCUGAGGAGAUUGAACACGAUAUUCAUGAUGUUAUGUCCAAACAAGAUGGUUAUGUGUAUGACGUCUAUACUGUUGAGGAGGAUGUAAAUGGGAUGGAUGCUGAUUAUACUAGCCAAAUUCCGAUGAUUCAAGUUGAUGAUGAUGAAGACUUCUAUGAUGGCCCGGAUGAUCCAGAAUAUGAAAGCGAUGAUUCUAAUGGUGAAAACAAUCCCCUGAAUGAUUAUCCGGAGGAAGAGACAUCUGAGGAGGAGGAGGAUGACGACGAUGAAGCCACAAGCAGGUCAUCUGAUGACAAAUCAGAGGGUGAGAGCACAACUUCUGGAAGCCAAUCUGAAGAUCUCGAAAACAGAAGCCAAGUAUCAUAUGGUCUGUCUCACAUGGGUUCGGAGCCGUAUGACUGGUCAGACUAUGGUGGUGAAGACUUUGAAGACUUGGGGGGAGAUGAAGAAUCAUAUUGAUGAUGGUGAGGAAGCAAGUUUGAGCCGUGUUUUGGAAUCAUAUUAGACACUACGUAGUGUGAAUCACCCUCGUACGUCCACUGUUAGCUUGUCUAGAAACCGGUGCUCUGACAUGUUUAAAGACUUGUUAAUGGGUUUGCAAACUAGUGGUGCGUAUUUUAAAUGACAUCGUCAAUAUCAAUA